GGACGGAAGGGUCGAUUACCAGGAAUUUAGGAGGUAUAUGGAUGAUAAGGAGCUCGAGCUCUAUCGGAUUUUUCAGGCGAUUGAUGUUGAGCACAACGGCUGCAUUUUGCCGGAGGAGCUCUGGGAUGCUCUUGUUAAGGCUGGUAUAAUAUGCUUGCCUUUGUUCGCACUCUACUAUCAUUUUGCUUGCACUUCUGUUGUGGCGGUUCUUAGUGUCACCUGAUCUCCGUUCAGCUUUUGCAUGAUUAUCGCAUAAAGUUUACCUGCAUUCCCCCUUGAUCAGUGUGAGAAUUCUGAUACGUGAAGGAUGAGAGCAGUUAUCUCCCGUGUCAAUUUCUGUGUUCCUUGUAGCUUUAAGAAUUGAGUUAAGAGGGGAAUUUGAAGCUUAGGAGGCAUGGAAAGUAAUUGCAUCUAAAAUAUGGGUACUUGUGUUGCUUUAAUAAGCUAGAGGAGGUUUAAAAAUGUCUCUGGAUGAGGUUUUCGAGCAAAAAUAGUUAAGGGAGAAGGACCUCCAGAGAUGUUUUCAAGCCAUAGGGGAUCUCCUUGCAAAUGACCCAAACCACAGGGGCUCUGGGCAAUUUACCAUUUUCUAUGAGGCCAUUAUAUCCCAUAUUAUGCCUAAUAUUUGAUCAAAAAAGUUACAAAAAUUAUUUUGGCCAUGGCACCUGGAAAUUUUGAAAAAAAAAGGACAUGUGGUUGUUAUCACUAGAGGAACGGUAUUGGUGCAAAAUACUUUGGUAAAAGACAGGUGUCUAAAUUAAUGUUCGAUGCCCUAUGAUUUUGAAGGAUGCACUGUUCCUUUUUGUACCUGGAUCUCAUUUCUAAAAUUAACUUAUUAGACCUGAAGAGUUAUGAAAAAUGUUUUGGCAAUGGUAAGUGGAAUGGGAAAGAUGUGCUGAUCGUCAUAUAAUUCUUAGGUGAAGGUGUGCAAAUGGUCUAAGGCUCUAAAUGUAGUUGAAAACGAGUCUUCACAAAAUUUGUGGCACAAAAUAUUUGCCCACAUAAGUGAGAUUACAAAUUUAGGCAAGUGUCUUGUCUCGUUUUCAUGAAGUAUUACUUUGAACCCUUGCAAUUAUAGGUUAUUUAACAAGCAUCACAAGUCUCUUCUAGUUCCUUUGCUGAGCGGAUGAGCUGUUCAGUAAAGUUUAUUUCGAUGUAUGUAGUUGAAUUAAGGUGAGUCCCCUGUUUACUCUUUCUUCUUUUUGUGUUUCCUUUACUAAUAUUGGAUGUGACAAAUUGAAAUUGAUGCAUUGGAUCAGAUUAAAUUUUACUUUUUACAAUUAGGUAUAAAGGAUUAACUUAGCAUGCAGCUUUCAGGUAUGCAUUGACUUUGGUCUAGCUGAUACAAUUUCAUCAUUCAUGUCAUAGAUGACAUCACUUGAAAGCAUCACAUUUUUCAUGGUAUGGUUUGCCUAUCAGUUAAAUGGAUAGAACUUUAAGUAGUCAAGAUCAGGAGGCCAGGAGAAGGGGGUUUUCUCUUUGGGUAGAGGAAUGGAGGAUGGAGAAUAGGUAGGAAUUGGUUGGGGCAUCUUUAGAUAGUGAGCUCCAUUUGGUUUAUCAACAUACAAAGGUUGUCAGAAUAGGAUAAAAUGGUAUUUGUAUGGGAAAUCUAAGUCCUUUCAUUUGAAGGACGUAGGCCUGCAAAGAAAUUUCAGGCAUAAAGAUCAUUUGUUCUGAUUAGGGAGCUAAGAAGCUAUGUUUUGACAUGAGUAGUUCUUUAGAUGAUUUUUAGAUGCUUAACAUAAGUAAUGAUAACCCAAUAAUUAAACCUCUAGCUAAUCAUUUCAAGGAAGGGAAGAGAUAAGAUGGAGGUAUUCCCAACUCUCUUGUAAUUAAAGGUUUGGUGUAUAUUAUGGUUUGCAUCUGGACCUUAUUGCUCAUGUUAUUUGCUUGAGCACGUAGCUUUUAAAUCUAUGAAGUUGAAGGUAGUCCCAGAUUGUGCUCGUAUAUUGAGGCUUCAAACCAGUCAGAUUUUAUAUUGAGGCUUGAGCAUGUUAUUUGCUUGAGCAUAUAGUUAAUCAUUUAUUUGCCUGAGCAAUUAUCGUACAACAAAUAGAAAAUUCUGUUCUGGCCAAGGGACUAGUCAGUACAGAUGGUGCUUUAUGUUUUCUGCUCUCAUCCUGAUUCCUGUCAUUGCCUCACAACUCUUAAGUCUCAAAAGCCCCCCAAAUUUAACUUUGAGUCCCAAAAUGUUGUAUCACCAACUCUCUACGGUGCUCUCAUGGAUAGCUCUACCCCGUUGCCACACCCCCCCCCCCCCCCCCCCUCCUAAAACACCAAAAUGUCUGCUUCUCUAUUCAUCAUUUUUCAUUUUUCUGCCUUUAGUGUAUACUUGCUUGUGUAAUAUGCAGAAUUUGUUUGGAUUUUUUUUAUUUUUUUGCUUAUGUAUUUUUUUUUCUUUCAUCUAUUUCUACUUCAGUUACUUUAGGUGUUUUUUUCUUCUCUUUAUCUGAGUAUUUGUUUUGCUUAAUAUUUGAGUAUUUGUUUUGUGUAUUAUCUAUUUUUUUUGUUUUCUAUAACUCAUCUACUUUGUUUAGUAUGUAAGUAUUUAUUUACUAUCUGUUUUUUUUUAUUUCUUUAUCUCUGUCUUGCAAGUUGUUUAUUUUUUUAUAUUGGUUCUUUGACAUGAGAUUUAAUUCUUCAGGAGAAAAAUGGUUGACAAUGCCUCUUUGUUAUCCAAAAAUGGUUUGCAUUUUAUUGUUUUGUAUUUAGUUUAGAUUUAUUUACAUUAUUUUGUUUAUAGUGUUUUGUAAUAUAUAUUAUUUAUUAUAGCAAUAUAUCCAAACUAAUACCUAGUAUUAUACCGUACUGAUAACAAACUCAGUAUCUUGUUCAGUAUGUUAUUGAUGGUUAUGGUAGGGACAUUUGUGACUUCGCAAUCCAAAUUGUGGAGUUGUGUUGCUCUGCCUACAACUAAUGUGAAGUGCAUGACUGUUGUUGAACCAUGGAAAAGAGAUGCUGUGGAUGGAAUGUCAUCAUACAAAAAAUAGUUAAGUGGUAUAUUAUUAUAGUUAACAGUGCUGUAGAUUUGAGCAAUAACUCCAUAUAAUUUUAUUGCAUGAUGUACAUGCAUAUUAACCAUCAUUCGAGACACAGGGUGGAGGAGAAGCAAAUUAUUCUUAAAAAGACUUAUUGACUAGAACUUUUGAAAUUAUAUGAUCGUAGAAUGUUAUUUUAAUAGAAAAGGGACAUAGCUAAAUGGACUGUAGUGAGGUUUUAUGGCUUUUCUCCUAUGUGUAUAAAGGGCCAGAUUUUGGGGCUUUAUGGUGGUGUACACUCUAUAUGAUAUGGGGCUAAAACUUUUGUGAAAAAGUAUUGCCUUGUGCCAGUGGUAGACAUGCAUUUGUUUUCAUUGGACAGUGCAAACUUCAGUCUCACUUAACCAGCCAGCCCAACUUGUGGCCCAUCUACAUGAAUAAGUGGCUCGAGUCAGAAGCUAUGAGAUAUCAUCGGUUGAAGUUCCUCUAGUUUCCACAAACAAGAGUUUUUUCCCAGGUGUUAAGGCAGUGACCAUGGUUAACAGCAAUAAUGUGCUUUCUGCAUGACCAUAUCCAAAGAAAGGGCAGAACAAGGAAUCGAUAUUAAUGAAGAUGAACUUGCAAGCUUUGUAGAGCAUGUUGACAAGGAUAAUAAUGGAAUUAUAACUUUCGAAGAAUGGAGAGAUUUUCUUUUACUGUAUCCUCAUGAGGCAACUCUUGAAAACAUCUAUCAUUAUUGGGAAAGGAUAUAUCUUGUAGAUAUUGGGGAACAGGCUGUUAUUCCUGAAGGCAUCGGUAAGCAUGUCCAUGCAAGCAAAUAUUUGAUUGCUGGGGCAGUGGCUGGGAUCGCUUCUCGUACUGCAACUGCUCCUCUUGAUCGCCUAAAGGUUAUUAUGCAAGUACAGACUUCUCAUGCUUCUGUAAUUCAGGCGAUUAAGACCAUAUGGAGGGAAGGUGGUUUUUUGGGGUUUUUCCGAGGUAAUGGCUUAAAUGUUAUGAAAGUUGCACCUGAAAGUGCCAUUAAGUUUUAUGCUUAUGAAAUGUUGAAAAAAUUUGUUGGAGAUAUCAAGGGGAAAGAAAAGGAUGACAUAGGAACAUCAGGUAGACUUAUUGCUGGGGGAAUGGCGGGUGCUGUAGCACAGGCUGCUAUAUAUCCCAUGGAUCUUGUGAAAACUCGGUUGCAGACUGCUGCUUGUGAUGGUAGGAAGGCUCCUAGUUUGGUUAAACUGACUAAAGACAUAUGGGUGCACGGAGGACCUAGGGCCUUCUACAGAGGCCUCGUACCAUCCCUUCUUGGGAUGAUCCCCUACGCUGGUAUUGACCUAGCCGUCUAUGAGAAAUUGAAGGACACGUCAAAAAGAUAUAUCCUUCAUGAUGCUGAACCAGGCCCUCUUGUGCACCUUGGAUGUGGAACCGUUUCAGGAGCUCUUGGAGCAACGUGUGUUUAUCCAUUGCAGGUUAUCAGAACAAGACUGCAGGCUCAACAUACUGGUGUACCUGCUGCUUACAGGGGAAUGUCCGAUGUAUUUAGGAGAACACUCAAGCAUGAAGGUCUUAGAGGUUUCUACAAAGGACUUUUCCCAAAUCUUCUCAAAGUUGUGCCAGCAGCAAGCAUAACAUAUCUGGUUUAUGAAACCAUGAAAAAGAGUCUAGAUAUCGCAUAGAAUGAUAUUGCAGUCCAGCUUGAUGGCUUCUAUUGAUUGAAGCCUGAACCUUGUACUGCUGCUCUGAUGAUGAUGAUGAUGAUGAUGAUGAAGAUGGAGAAUAAGACCAUAGUCAAGUUAAUAUCAUUGUUUGAAUCAUAUGAGAUAUACUUAAUCUAACUUGGAAUAUGUGCAUCAGUAAUUUCUAGUCCUGAUUUUUUUUUCCCAGGUUUGUCCAAACAAACUUUGUGGUGAGUUAGGAGUAGUGUCAAACGAUGAUGAUUGUUUGUCAAGGAAUACAAGUUAUCAAAUCUAUAUCGGCAUCAAAUUAUGUCCCAAAUGGUUGAUCUUGUUUGCAUCAAAAGAUGAUGGUUCUUUUACUGUUCUGCUUUUUUUUUUUUUUUUAUGCUCUUCCUGUUUGUCGGGUUUUUCUUCUUCUGCUUGUAAUUUUUAAUUACCAUAUGGAUCUUGUAUACUUCCGAUCAUAUAAAUAAGAAGGC